AUGCUCGUCCUGCAGUGGGGGGCAGGGGGAAUGAUUCGUCCCGAGGAUCCCAACUCAACCAGCCCUCUCACCCCGAAACGAUCCUUUCCCCCUGGUCCCUCCAGAAGCUGUGUGCUGCCGUCGGUGGCAGAGGGGGACCAUCAACCCCAGUCACUCCUCCAAGGCUGCUCCCAAUGGGCGCGCUCCGCGGGCAUCCUUACACCUCCCUUCGGCCUGCCAUCCUCCCUACCUACCCGCAGUGCUCGGGGGUCCACGGCGCUCCUGGCUGGCCUGAGAAGGGGCGGGGAUGAAGCGAGCGGGAGGAGCGGAGGGCGCUGGAAGGAGGGGCGGCGAGGCUACGUUGAGCCUCCCGCCGCCCGGGAGCGCCCGAGCCCGUGCGCGCGCGCACCUCACCGAGGCUCGAGGGGCGGGCGGCGGGCGGCGGGCGGAGCUGAGGGCGGUGCGGGCGGAGCGAUCGGCGGGCGGAGCGAGGGGUGGGAGGGAGCGCGCGAGCGGGCGGGCGAGUAG